AUGGUGCGGAGUAUAAUACCUCAAGACCCAGCUAGGCCGGUGGACGAGUCUGUGCUUGUAUGGUCCGAUGAAGUUAAUGACGCAAAAGUAUCGUUUAUGCUUUGUUGCAUAAACGAUAACCAUAUCUUUACAAAAGAUAUGUUCAGAGGAGGGGUAACAAAAGCUGAUGUGGAAAGAAUGCGUGAGAAGGCUAAAACAGCAGGGAAAAAGAAAGGAAUCCCGAGAAAGGAUAAAGCUCCACCAGUUUGCAUGGAAGGCGAUAUCAGAAUAACGUCUAUUGUAAAUGCCAUACUGCGACCGGAGGUAAACAGGAUCGAUGGGAAUAUUGCUGAUGUUGUUUCUUCAGUUAAAGAGGUGUCUGCCCAGUCUGUUGGAUGUGAAAAUAAGGUUAUUGCAAUAGUUGAAGGAAUGUUGCAGUCUUUCAAGACUGAGAUGAUGAAAUUUAUGCCGACUUUACAUACACAAUCAGCUUUUGCGCAUCCAAACUCAACUGCAGCGGGUGAAGAACCGGGAGUGGAAGGUGUUCCUUCAAAGACGACUCCCAUUCCUCUUGAUGAUAAUGAUGAGAUAAUCGAAAAUGUGAUGGAAAACAUUAGUCAUUACUCAACGCCACCUGCUGCAGAAAACGAAUGCCCGGGAUCACCUGGUAAAUCAUGCUCCCAAAAAUCGGUCAACCCUUUCGAUGGAGCUGCGGAUGACCACAACAGUGGAAAUCAAAUGAUGGAGAACGAGGCGGUGCAUGUUCAACCUGAAUCUAUCCACAAGCAUCUGUCUAACAUGCAUUCGAAUGGAAAAGGGGGGAAGUCCGUGGAAGAUCAAUCAUCGAGGUCUGGUCAUAGCCAGACGGAACAACAGGUUGAUCCAAUUGUUCCGUCAUUCUCACUUGGCCUAACUCAAGAGCUUCGCGAACAUCCUGAUGAAGAUGAUGAUGAGAUGGGAGAGAACGAAGAUCAGGGUGGUGGGAAAGGCAAUGGAGAGGUUGUAGUAGAUGGAGGAGAGGCAUUACUGUGCCGUAAGAGCAAGCGCAUACGCACCGUCCCACCUCAGUUGCUCACCGACUACCAAUGUGGAACUGCGUUACUUAACCGUGCAAGAGAAGGCCAGAUUUUUGGUAAUGGUGCUUAUGAUGUAGGAGUUAUUCAUGAAAAGUAUAGCCGUCUGAAGAUUCUACUCAAGAAAGAUUGCGUUAUAAACGUCGCUGGCCUAUCCGUCACAGGGAAGGACAUCACGGACAUUGGAGAAAGAAACCGGUUUCUCCCAGGCAGAGUUAUGGACAUUCUUCUGAGGGUAGUUUCUGCAUCUGUGAACAACAAAAUUUGUGCUACCUCACAUUCCUCUCCUGUUUUCCUGGAUAGUGGACUUCAAGUUUUGUUGGCUAGGAACUUUCAAAAGUUCAGGAGAGCAAAGUCCGGAACUCCGUAUAUAUUCACAAAGGCCAUCGUCGAUAUGGUGGUGAAGAGUUUGAAUUCUAACACUGCUGCCUCACGGUUCUACAUGCCUCUCUCCCUGAGCCGGAAACACUGGGUCGGAAUUUCCGUUGAUUUCAAUGCAGGAAAAAUAUAUGUUCUUGAUUGCAAUCCGGAGGUUACGAACGCAAACGUUUUAACCAAGGAGGUUGCCCCCCUAUGUGAAAUGUUCCCAUGCUUGCUGAAACACUGUGGUUGCUUGCCUGACUAUCUGGAGACGGCCCUCGCUGUUGAGACAGUAAAAGGUGUGGUGCACAACACCAACCCCGCAGAAGCGGCCUUGACUGCUUGUUUGUUGAUGUGUACUCAUGCGCUCUAUGGGCCAGAAAGUUGUAGUACUAUCACUCCAUCAAUCAUUCCCGACGAGUCACAAAGGGUAGCUGUGCUGAUUUAUGAGUUCCACAAGAAGCUCUAG